CCUCCUCAAAAAAAAAAUGGAGGAUACUUGGGCAGAAUGAGGUGAAGAAGAAGAAGGAGAGGUGGACGUGUCGCGUGUCGAUAGGGCACCUUGAAGCGUCUCGAUGCACGGCUUUAUAGUUUCUUCUAAUAUUAGCUGUUGGCUCGCUUGACGCUUCUCAAGUAACAGGAGGGUCUGCAGCCGAGACGUUGAGCUCACUUCAGCCCUCAGCGAGUAACGGAGUGAGAAAGCAAGGCAUAGAGACAGACAGACAGACAGCUAGCAACCAAAGAGCGAGGGAGAGAGGGGCCGAAAGAGAGAAAGAAGCAAGGUCGGCUCGUGUCGUGUCGUUAGAGGGGCAGCAGUCAAGACAUUCUCUAGCUGGUGGCCUGGUGGUAAUGGGAAGAUGGCUGGGAUAGCAGCCGACAGCCCCGGGACUCCAAGUGUUAACUCAAACUCAAGGCCCUUACAUUACCUGAGGGACGUGAUUCUUCAUGGCAAAUUUAAUCUCCUGAACUCGCUCUCUCCGGAGGAGAACUUGCAGUGCCGCCACGGCCUCUACUUCCAGGAUGGGGAGCGGCGCGUAGACUACAUCCUCACCUACCACAUCAAGAAGCCUCACAGCUCGCGCUCGCGACGCUCCUCGCGCUUCACGGAUAACGCCUUCACUCGGAGCCUGCGCCGAGGACGGGUGCACCACCCGGCACCACCUCCCCCGCCGAUGCCCCCCUCUCCCCUGGGUAAAGAUGACCCUGAGGCGGGGUGCAUGGUGGACAGCAGCCUGGAUUACCACGAGGAUGACAAGAGGCUACGGCGCGAGGAGUUCGAGGGAAACCUGAUGGAAAUGGGGCUGGAGCUGGAAAAGGAUGAAGAUACAAAAACCCCAGGCGUUGGCUUUGUGAAGAUCCAUGCUCCUUGGAAUGUGCUCUGUCGAGAGGCGGAAUUCAUGAAGCUGAAGAUGCCCACAAAAAAGGUUUAUGAGGUGAAGCAGAGCAGUAGUGUCGUGGAGAAGAUCAACACGUUCAUCCACAAAGUCACUGACCCUCUCCACCCAAACACAGAGGAGAACAGGGCCGCGAAAGUCAAGCACCUCUCCUACCCCUUCUCCAGGGAAAAGCAGCACCUGUUUGACUUGUCAGACAAGGACUCCUUUUUUGAUAGUAAAACAAGAAGUCAAAUAGUAUUUGAAGUCUUGAAACGUACUAAAUGCACUAAAGCCAAAUAUAGCAUGGGGAUAACUAGUCUGCUGGGGAGUGCAGUGUACAUGGCAGCCUAUCCCUUACACGACGGAGAUAUUGAUGGUGAGAAUGUGGAACCUAACGACAGAAAGCUUCUGUAUGAGGAGUGGGCAAGCUAUAGCGUCUUCUACAAAUACCAGCCCAUAGGCCUCGUCAGGAAGUACUUUGGUGAGAAGAUCGGCUUGUAUUUUGCCUGGUUGGGAGUUUACACCCAAAUGCUCAUCCCAGCCUCCCUUGUUGGGGUCUUCGUUUUUUUGUAUGGAUGUGUUACCGUUGACGACGACAUUCCCAGCAUGGAGAUCUGUGACGACAGGAAGAGUAUUGUCAUGUGCCCAAUGUGUGAUCGAGUCUGCAGCUACUGGAACCUGAGCAUAGCCUGCAGCACGGCGCGGGCCAGCCACCUGUUCGACAACCCAGCCACCGUCUUCUUCUCCAUCUUCAUGGCCCUGUGGGCGGCCAUGUUCAUGGAGCACUGGAAGAGGAGGCAGAUGAGACUCAACUACGAGUGGGACCUGACAGGGUUCGAGGAUGAAGAGGAAGCAAUGAAGGACCACCCACGAGCUGAGUACGAGUUCAGCGUCAUGCAGAAGUCAAAGAGGAGAGAGCUCAAGACACAAAAGAAGCCAUCAGAGAUAUCAGAGGAACCGAGAAACAAAUGGAAGCAAACUGUUCAAACUGCAAUGGCUGGCCUUAAACUGGCAGAGAAAGAGAAACUCACGUGUAAAGACCGAUUGCCAGCCUACAUGACCAACAUAGUCAUGAUGCUUUUAAUGAUCGGGGUGACCUUUGCGAUCGUGUUCGGGGUGAUUGUGUACCGGAUCUCCACCAAGGCGGCGCUGCACAUGAGCUCCAACCCCACCACGCGCUCCAACGUGCGGCUGACGGUGAAGGCCACGGCGGCCAUCAUCAACCUGGUGGUCAUUCUCAUCCUGGACGAGGUGUACGGGGCUGUGGCACGCUGGCUCACCGUGCUAGAGGUGCCCAAGACUGACAAGAGCUUUGAAGAGAGACUCAUUUUCAAAACCUUCAUCCUCAAGUUUGUGAACGCGUUCACUCCCAUCAUAUACAUCGCUUUCCUCAGAGGCAGACUUGUCGGACGGCCAGGAAGCUACCUGUAUGUUUUCGAGUCAUACAGAAUGGAAGAGUGUGACCAUGGAGGCUGUUUGAUGGAGCUCUGCAUUCAACUCAGUAUCACCAUGCUUGGCAAACAGCUCAUUCAGAACAACCUGUUUGAGAUUGGGAUCCCCAAGCUCAAGAAGCUGAUAAGGUACAUCAAGUCCAAGCGGGGCUCGUUUCAGGAAGAGGAGCGUGAGAAGAAGCUGCAGCGCUACGAGACCGACCACUUCCUGGAGCCGUUUGCCGGCCUCACGCCAGAGUACAUGGAGAUGAUCAUCCAGUUUGGCUUUGUCACCCUCUUCGUGGCCUCCUUCCCACUGGCUCCCCUCUUUGCCCUGCUCAACAACAUCAUUGAGAUCCGACUGGACGCCAAGAAGUUUGUGGCCGAGCUCAGGAGGCCCGUGGCAGCCCGAGCCAAGGACAUCGGGAUUUGGUACAACCUUCUAAGAGGCGUCGCCAAAGUGGCAGUAAUUGUGAAUGCGUUUGUCAUAUCUUUCACAUCCGACUUCAUCCCGCGGCUGGUCUACCAGUACAUGUACAGCAUAGACGGCUCCAUGCAUGGCUUUGUCAACCACACCUUGUCCUUCUUCAACGUGACUGACUUCAAGAACCACACGGCCCCCAUGGACCCCCUGUACCUGGGUAUCCCAGUCAACCUCUGCAGGUAUAAGGACUACAGGGAACCUCCGUGGGCCAAUACACCCUAUGACCUCUCCAAAGAGUUCUACGCAGUCUUGGCUGCUCGUCUGGCCUUUGUCAUAGUCUUCCAGAACGUGGUGAUGCUGAUGAGCGACGUGGUGGACUGGGUGAUCCCGGACAUCCCCAAGGACAUCAGCAUCCAGAUGCACAAGGAGAAGAUUCUGCUGGUGGACCUGUUCAUGAAGGAGGAGCAGGGCAAGCUGCAGGUGCUGGACAGCAUGCUGAGCGGCGUCGCUGGCAAGGCCAACAGCAACAGCAACAGCAACAACCACAACACCGUGGCCCGCUCACGCUCCACGCCUCACGCGCACACCAACAACUACUAAUGGAUGACCGCCAACAAAUCGGGGGCGCGUUUCUCGAAAGCGUACAGUAGCUGUUGGCAGUUAGCAACUUGGGUAGUUGUCAAUGGGAAAUUGCAUUGUAAACAACAAGGUAACUAACGUAGUUAGCAACUAUGAUUUCGAGAAAUGCACCCCAGAGUGGACAGUAGACCAUCCAUCCAUCCAUCCAUCCACCCAUCCACCCAUGCAACUGUUUGUGUGUGUGUGUGUGUGUGUGUGUGUGUGUGUGUGUGUGUGUGUGUGUGUGUGUGUGUGUGUGUGUGUGUGUGUGUGUGUGUGUGUGUGGUUGUGUGUGUGUGUGUACGCAUUGUAAAAAAAAGUGCUGCUUGAAUCAACUUAAAAAUUAGGCAAGCCACACUCUGUGACUAUAUCCACUUGACAAAAAAGACCCAUGGAACCCAUGUUUCAAUUGAAAUAAUUUGCUUCUGAGCUUCACCAUUUACAGUGUAAGUAUUUUAGUAUGUACUUUAGGGGUUAGUUGGUGGGUGUACGGCUGGGUGUGGGAGUGUGUGCACUGUACGUGUCCUUAUUCUUACCACAACAUUCCACAGUGUCCCCUACACACACACACGUGUGUGUGAGGCUGAGAGGAGGAGCU